GCUGAAGGGGAGGUGGCGGCUCUGAACAGGCGUAUCCAGCUCGUGGAAGAGGAGCUGGAUCGUGCCCAGGAGCGGCUNGCCACAGCCUUGCAGAAGCUGGAGGAGGCUGAGAAGGCAGCGGAUGAGAGUGAGCGAGGAAUGAAGGUUAUUGAGAACAGAGCAAUGAAAGAUGAAGAGAAAAUGGAAAUCCAGGAAAUGCAGCUGAAGGAGGCCAAGCACAUCGCCGAAGAGGCUGACCGCAAAUACGAGGAGGUUGCCCGUAAACUGGUUAUUUUGGAGGGUGAACUGGAAAGAGCUGAAGAGCGUGCAGAGGUGUCUGAAGUUAAAUGUAGUGACCUUGAAGAGGAGUUAAAGAAUGUCACCAAUAACCUGAAGUCUUUGGAAGCUCAAUCUGAAAAGUACUCGGAAAAAGAAGAUAAAUACGAAGAAGAAAUCAAGAUUCUCUCUGACAAGCUUAAAGAGGCUGAAACUCGUGCUGAAUUUGCAGAGAGAACUGUUGCCAAACUGGAAAAGUCUAUUGAUGACCUGGAAGACGAGCUCUACGCUCAGAAGCUGAAGUACAAAGCCAUCAGCGAGGAGCUUGACCAUGCUCUCAACGACAUGACCUCUCUGUGACCUUCACCCGGGCUGGGCCGCUCUGCCCCUUGCGUCUCUUCACGCUUUUCUUGCCUGUAAAACCUGUCCCUUCUGUGCAGCCGCCACAGGCGCCCCUUCCGCCUCCUCUGUAAGAACCGAGCUCAAUAAAACCGAGAUACCUC